CAGGUGGCCACCAUAAUUGCAACACCCCACCAAUUCCGCAAUUACACUUUUCCUUGGAUAGUUCCAUAUCCUCAUCUUAUCCUCUUUGUUAGUCAAAGUUUCCAUCUGAAUUCAUCUCUUUUUCAGAACCCAGAAAAACCCAUAAACCUUUCAGAAGUGAAAGUAUAAGGAACUAUUUUGGACAUUGUUGAAUGGACUGUUGCCUUUUUUACAGCAAACCCAGAUUCUCUUUUCCAGCCCUGCCGUCGAUUCGCGGUCGUCUGAUCAAUUUGAAAAUUGAUCGGAGGCCUUUGGUUGCGGUGGCUCAUAGUUACAAUAAUAGUGACUAUAAGUGUGAGUUUGGAGGUUUGAACACGCCGCUCGAGCCGAAGACGGCGGCUGGGAGGUUCUUGUGUGGCGUAUUGCUGAAUGAUCGGGAAUACUUUCAUGCUGCUGUUAGGAAUCAGUUAGAGCAGCUGGUGGCUGACAGGGAUGAAGCUGUGGCUCGUGCCGAGUUCAGCUUGGGCUCUGAUAUAGCUUCCCUCCAUAGAACUCCUUGAUAAUGGCAUGGACCGGAGGAGGUGUACUAGUGCAUCGAGUUCCUUGAGAAUGCAACGGCAUGGAGGAUGGUGUACUAGUAUUUCCACCGGACAUCUCGUGGCUUUCAUGAAGAAAUUUCUCUAGUACUUGAGAUUCGAGGAGCAGUUGUCAUUUGUUGCUCCAAGGUGGGACAUUCUCUGUUGAUUGUGAAAAUAACCACUUCAGGGAUGACAUUGAUGGUUUUGGCAUUACUACAUUUUCGAGGAGGCAAGUUUGAGGAAUUAGAAACUUAGGCGUUUCAUAAAUGAUUACUUCAUUGAAAUAAUUGAACUGUAGGCCAAACGAAUGCUGUUACCUGAAAUGCUGUGGAGGAUUGCUGAAUUGAAGAAGCACGAAUGCGAGGCCGCAGUCGAAGAUGUGAUGUAUAUGUUAAUUUUUUACAAGUUUAUGGAGAUCAGAGUUCACUUGGUCCCAAGGCUUUCCAAGUGUGUCUACAAUGGCAGACUCGAAAUCUGUCCUUCAAAGGACUGGGAACUGGAGUCAAUUCACGAUUUUGAGGUUUUGGAGAUGGUUAAGGAACAUAUUACUGCUGCUGUUGGCAGGAAAGCAACCUCUAAUGUCACUGACAGUUGGACCACAACUGAGAUCCCGAGGCUUCAUCUCUGCAGACUAUAUGCUGCUUCCAUCUUGUACGGUUACUUUUUAAAGACCGCCUUGUUCAGGUACCGUCUGGAAAGGAGUCUAGAUCUCACAAACCUGGACUUUGGUACUGAUGCUUAUUGCCAACUUCCACUUUCGGAGAUGUCAUCUUUUGGAUCGAAGUACAUUGCAUUUGGUCGCACUAACGGCCCGAAUUCUACGUCUACAGGUCGUGUAUCAUGUAGUCUAGGCAAGAAACACGAGAAAUUGAGGUGUUAUGUGAUGGGAUUUGACCCGGAAACACUGCAGAUGUGCGCGAAACUGAAGUCCAAGGAGGCUCUGAAUCUGAUUGAGAGACACUGUUGUGCUUUAUUUGGAGAUGAAAAUACAGGUUUGCUCGAAACCGAUAAUUCAAUUUCCACAUCUUUUGCAAGUCUCAAGAGAUUUGUGCUGGAGGCCGUUGCUUAUGGUUCGUUCCUGUGGGACGCGGAAGAAUGUGUGAAUGCUGUAUAUAAGCUAGAGGAAAACUGAGAGACCAGAACCGAAGUUCAUCAAGCACAUUUGUAUAUAAUGGUUUUCUUCUUUCGACUCUAGAGGAUCCGUAUCUUGCAAAUAUGGAAAGGAGAUGUACAGUACAUUGUCUUUUCAGCGUAUUGUAUGGAAGUUUAAUAGUGAAUAAAAUGAAAAUUUUGAGUACUGUCA